UCAGUUACAGCCACCACACACACACACACACACACACACACACACACACAGAGGGGUUUUCAGGGUUAUUUUCGGCUGCAGGAGCACCACAGUAACUUCCACGCCGGGCAAUAAUAGCAGGAGUGGAGAUUUUACCCUCCCAUUCUGUCUCUCUGACAGUUUCGCUCCAAACACGGGGAGCAUAAGGUCAAACGGUCUUUGACAUCAUGGACAACAGUCCUCUGCAGGUGCUGACCGUCCCAACUGGCCCUUAUCCUGACCAGAGGCCCAGCAGCGGUGGCCUCAGGAAAAAGGUCUUUGUAUUCCAGUCCAGGAGGAACUACCUGCACAACUUCAUCCAGAGUAUCUUCUCCUCCAUAGACCUACCUGACCGCCAAGGUUCCGCCAUGGUGGUGGGGGGAGACGGGCGCUUCUUUAACCGGACAGCUAUUGAGGUCAUUGUGCAGAUGGCAGCUGCUAAUGGGGUGGGUCGCCUGAUCAUCGGACACCACGGAAUCAUGUCCACGCCCGCCGCCUCGUGUGUGAUCCGGAAGUUCAAAGCUAUCGGAGGCAUCAUCCUCACUGCCAGCCACAACCCCGGAGGACCUGACGGAGACUUUGGGAUCAAGUUCAACACUGCCAACGGAGGACCUGCUAAUGAUGUUGCCACGCACAAGAUCUAUCAGAUCAGCCGAACGAUUGAAGAGUUCGCCAUCUGCCCCGGGCUGAAGGUGGACCUGACCACGCUGGGUAAACAGAUGUUCGAUCUGGAGAACAAGUUCAAACCCUUCACAGUGGAAAUCGUGGACUCUGUCGAGUCCUACACCAACCUGAUGAGAAACGUCUUCGACUUCGCUGCCCUCAAGGAUCUGCUGUCUGGGCCGGGCCACGUCCGGGUACGACUGGACGCCAUGCACGGUGUGCUGGGGCCGUACGUGAAGAGGAUACUGUGUGAAGAGCUGGGCUGCCCCCCUCAUUCUGCAGUCAACUGCGUCCCACUGGAGGACUUCGGCGGCCAACCCCCCGACCCCAACCUCACCUACGCAUCAGAUUUGGUGGACAGUAUGAGCGACGGCUUUUACGAUCUCGGCGCAGCCUUUGAUGGUGAUGGGGACCGUAACAUGAUUCUGGGUAAACACAGCUUCUUCGUCCCCCCGUCUGACUCGGUGGCAGUGAUCGCCGACAACAUCUUUAACAUCCCGUACUUCCAGCAGACGGGGGUGAGAGGCUUCGCUCGCAGCAUGCCCACCAGCGCCGCGCUUGACAGGGUGGCCAAGGCCACGAAGAUAGAGCUGUAUGAAACCCCCACUGGCUGGAAAUUCUUCGGGAACCUAAUGGAUGCCGGCAGAGUGUCUCUAUGUGGAGAGGAGAGCUUCGGAACAGGUGGUGACCACAUCCGAGAGAAGGAUGGGCUUUGGGCUGUGCUGGCAUGGCUGUCCAUCUUGGCCGCGAGACGACAGAGCGUGGAAGACAUCGUCAAAGGCCACUGGCUCAAGUACGGCAGGAACUAUUUCACCAGAUAUGACUAUGAAGACGUGGACAUUGAUGCAGCUUGUGAGAUGAUGGAAGAUCUGGAGCUGAUCGUCGCCGACAAGUCGUUUGUGAAGCAGAGAUUUGCUGUGGAAGAAAAACUCUACCAGGUGGAAAAAGCCGACAACUUUGAAUACACCGACCCAGUCGACAGCACCAUUUGCCGGAACCAAGGUCUGCGGAUUAUUUUCUCUGAUGGCUCUCGAAUCAUCUACAGACUGAGCGGCACCUCCAGUAACCGGGCCACCGUCCGGAUCUACAUUGAUAGCUAUGAGAGGGAGGACAUUUUUCAAGACCCGCAGGUCAAGCUGGCGCCUUUGGCGACGAUCGCUCUGAAAAUAUCUCAGCUCCAUCACCGCACUGGCCGUAGUGGGCCAUCAGUCAUCACAUGAAGAUCAACAAUCUGCUUAUAUUUUGUCAGCUUUCAAGCGUCAUGUUUUCACAGAAGGUUUCUCAAUAAAAAUGUUUUCUAUUUUUUGGA